UCGAUUUCCUUUGCCUUUUUUAAUAGGGUUUUAAGCCGAUAACCUUUUUGCCUCUUUUUUCUAUUGUAGCAAAGGCUUUAGAUACUUGUACUUCUUCAUCUCCGAUUUGUAUAAUUCACAUUAGCACAGGCUAGGGUUCUAGACUAAAGCUUAAAAUUGUUCUCACGUAAAUCCUUUGCUUUCUCUUACCCUUUUUAACAUUGUUCUUGACCUUUUUUUAAUUUCCUUUUUCUUGAUUCGCUAGGUUUCUGCUUCAUUCAGAAAACAGAAGAUGCUUCCUCUUUCUCUACUAAAAACUGCACAGGGGCAUCCUAUGCUGGUAGAACUGAAAAAUGGGGAGACCUAUAAUGGGCAUUUGGUCAAUUGCGAUACUUGGAUGAACAUCCAUCUUCGUGAGGUUAUCUGUACUUCUAAGGAUGGAGACCGGUUUUGGCGAAUGCCUGAAUGCUAUAUCCGUGGAAAUACUAUCAAGUAUCUUCGAGUUCCCGAUGAGGUAAUUGAUAAAGUUCAGGAAGAAACAAAGACUCGUGCAGAUAGGAAGCCUCCUGGUGUAGGCCGUGGCAGAGGUAGAGGUAGAGAAGAUGGUCCUGGUGGAAGGCAACCAAAGGGAGUUGGCCGUGGGCUAGAUGACGGUGCUAAGGGUGCAGGUGGAGGCCGAGGUAGGGGUGGUGCAGGUGGAAAGACCAGUGGAAAUAGAGGUGGUGGCCGAGGUCGAGGCUGAUGUGAUGGUGCUUUGUUUUGGGGUGACUUUGCCACUUUUAGAAGCAUGUUGCAUCCAAAUGACUCAAGUUGGGUUCUUCUGUUGGGUUAAUUCUAUCUGUGAUCGUCUUAAGUGCCAAACAUAGGUAGCAUUGCAGAAUUCAGUCGAGGACCUUGUAUUAUGGUUUAUCAUUUUACCUUACUGCCCUUUUCUUGUAUUGAGGUUGUAGUUUGUAAGACAAUUUUCUCUGUUAAGUUAAUGCGUUCAAGUUAAAUGAUUAUCUCUCUGCCUUUUUGUGUUGGGCACUUGCUUCAGACUUUCGUGCCUACUAGUGGAAUGAAGUUAUUUAAUUUUCUUAUA